AUGGGCUCAGCCCAGAGCCAUAGUGUGGAGAAGGGGAUGCUCAUCACCUUGUGCUAUGAGGUGAACGGCUCCUGUCACAGAACCCUGCAUCCGUUUGGGGUGCAGCUGGCCAUUUACCUGGCCUGUGCCUUAGGGACACUGAUUACGGUGCUGGGGAAUCUACUUGUUGUCAUCGUAGUUUCCCAUUUCCAAGCCCUUCACACUCCCACCAACUUCCUGCUCCUUUCCCUUGCCUUGGCUGACAUGCUCUUGGGAUUGACUGUGCUGCCCUUCAGCACUAUCCGGUCUGUAGAGAGUUGCUGGUAUUUUGGAGAUGACUUCUGUAAACUGCACACCUUUCUGGACACACUCUUUUGUCUGACUUCCAUAUUUCACCUGUGUUUCAUUUCCAUAGAUCGGCACUGUGCAAUUUGUAACCCUCUGCUCUACCCCACUAAGUUUACCCUAAAAGUGGCCUGCAUGUGCAUUGGGGUGGGGUGGGCAGUUCCCAUGGUCUAUACCUCUGUCUUUCUGUACACUAAAGAGAUUGCAGAAGGGCUGGGCCAUUUUUUGCAAGAUGUACCCUGUGUUGGUAGCUGUCAGCUGCUGUUCAACAAGCUCUGGGGGUGGCUGAAUUUCCCAGUAUUUUUCUUCCCUUGCCUCAUAAUGAUAGCUUUAUAUGUAAAGAUAUUUACUGUCGCUAACAAGCAAGCCAGAUUGAUAAACAGCAUGAAUAAAAGUUUUGGGGCUCACCUACACAGAAGAGCAUCCAGAAGUGAAAGGAGAGCAGCAAAGACUCUUGGGGUAGCUGUAGGAAUUUAUCUCCUGUGCUGGCUGCCCUUUACUAUUGACACCAUGGUAGACAGCCUUCUGAAUUUCAUCACUCCUCCAGUUCUGUUUGACAUCCUCAUUUGGUUUGCAUACUUUAAUUCUGCCUGCAAUCCCUUGAUCUAUGUAUUUUCCUAUCAUUGGUUCAGGAAAGCUGUGAAAUUAGUCUUAACUCAGGGGAUCUUUUGUUCCAGGUCAUCAAGAGUAGACUUGUACUAAUAAUGACCAGAGCUUUCUCAUGCACCGUGGAAAAUAUUUUAGGCUACGUUUAGGCAUUCCUCGUGAAUAUUAUGAAUCAUCCAGCUAGCUAGUUUUUCAUUUUUCUUAAAACAACUGGCUUGGGCAAAUCUUAGGUUUAAAUAGGCAUGUUCUUCUGAGAAUAACUGUCCACAACAUUUAUCUCAGCACACACGCCUUGUUAGUCUUGACUUUGCCAUGUGAUACUAACAAGUGUUUGAAACUUGUCUAUAGUCAGCAGCAAAAUAGGACCCUGUCCAUACUGUUACUGAAAAAAAUGCUGCCUGUCUCUGAAGGUACCUUUUUUAUAUAAACAAAGUAGGUAAUGUUGAUGUAGUAAGUUACAAAGGGUGUAUGCUAUUUUUUAAGUACAAAGAAGUAUAAGGAUGCAACUACAGGUCAGAUAAAAUCUUUAACUAUGGUAGUGGACAACAGCAGAGGAAGAGAAAUGUCA